CUGGGGGGUAGCGCGCCGGCGAACGCGGACGGCGUCUCGAGAACCCCUCCGGCGUUUGGACCUGGUUGGAUGCGAACUUUGUUUCAUCUCUUAACCUGUCCUGUUUUAGGGACUGCAGCAGCCGAAAAGAGCGGUCUGGGGCGAAGAAGCUAAGGCCUUCUUUAAAGUUUCCCAUGUCUCAAUGGACUCCUGAAUAUAACGAGCUGUAUACCUUAAAAGUGGAUAUGAAGAGUGAGAUUCCUUCUGAUACUCCAAAGACACAGGAGAGUCUGAAAGGGAUCCUUCUGCAUCCGGAGCCCAUUGGGGCAGCCAAAAGUUUUCCUGCCGGCGUUGAGAUGAUUAACAGUAAAGUGGGGAAUGAGUUCUCUCACUUAUGUGAUGAUUCUCAAAAACAAGGAAAGGACAUGAGUGGUAAUCGGCAAGAGCACGAGAAAGGCGUCGUGAGGAAAAAGCGCAAAAGCCAGCAGGCCGGCCCCUCGUACGCGCAGCACUGCGUGAAAGAGAACCAGGGCGUGCUGGGGCUGCGGCAGCACCUGGAGGCCUCGCCCAGUGAUGAGGAGCACGACUCCUCCUUCAGCGACUGUCUGUCUUCUCCCUCCUCCAGCCUGCAUUUUGGAGACUCUGACACUGUGACUUCGGACGAGGAUAAAGAAGUCUCUGUAAGACAUUCCCAGACAAUUUUGAGUGCUAAAAGUAGAAGUCAUAGCGUGCGAUCUCAAAAGUGGCCUCGGACUGAGACGGAAUCUGUGUCAGGAUUAUUAAUGAAAAGACCCUGUUUUCAUAGCAGUUCGCUGAGGAGACUCCCAUGCAGAAAGAGAUUUGUAAAAAAUAAUUCCUCACAGAGGACACAGAAGCAAAAAGAGAGGAUAUUAAUGCAGAGGAAAAAACGAGAAGUGCUAGCUCGAAGAAAAUAUGCAUUGCUACCCAGUUCUAGCAGUUCCAGUGAAAACGACCUCAGCAGUGAGUCCUCUUCCAGCUCUUCAACCGAGGGAGAAGAGGACGUUUUUGUCUCUGCUAGCGAAAACCACCAGAACAACCCAGGUGCUCCCUCAGGUGAGCAUGUUUGCAGAAACAUGGAAGGAAGUAUCGAUGAAGAUGUUGUGGUGAUAGAAGCUUCCUUCACUCCCCAGGUCACUGCCAAUGAAGAGAUCAAUGUAACCUCAACUGACAGUGAAGUAGAGAUUGUGACAGUUGGGGAAAGCUAUCGGUCUCGUUCAACCCUCGGACACUCCAGGUCUCAUUGGAGCCAAGGUUCGGGCUCUCACUCGGGUAGAUCCCAGGAGCCCCGGAGCCGCAGUAGGGUUUCUACUGUGAUACAGCCCCUGAGGCAGAGUGCCGCGGAAGUUGUGGACCUGACUGUGGAUGAAGAUGAACCUACUGUAGUACCAACCACUUCUGCAAGAAUGGAAUCACAAACUACUAGUGCUUCCAUUAACAAUUCAAAUCCACCUACCUCUGAGCAGGCCUCUGAUACUGUUCCAGCUGUCACCAGUAGCCAGCCUUCCACAGUGCCAGAGACUUCACCUAGUCUCACAAGCACUAGCACAGCUGGCACUUCUGUAGGAGAUGAAUCAAGAAGGACUGCACCGAGUGCCGUGGCAGAGCCCGGCCCCCCUGCAAUGCCGAGGCUGCCCUCCUGCUGCCCGCAGCACUCGCCGUGCGGAGGCCCAGCACAGGGGCUGCACGGCUUGGCACACGCGCACACGGGCUGCUUCCAGCAGCACAGCCACCACUUCCAGCACCACCACCACCACCACCACCACCCUCCCCACCCAGCUGUCCCGGCGUCUCCCACCUUCAGUGACCCUGCCUGCCCUGUGGAAAGGCCCCCGCCGGUGCAGGCGCCCUGUGCGGGAAGUAGUGGUUCCAGUGCCAGCUACCAUGAGCAAGCGUUGCCGGUCGACCUGAGCAGCAGUGGCAUCAGGAGCCAUGGCAGUGGUGGUUUUCACGGAGCGUCUGCGUUUGACCCCUGCUGCCCUGUUUCGUCUUCCCGAGCUGCCAUCUUUGGCCAUCAGGCUGCGCCUGCUGCCCCGAGCCAGCCACUGUCCCUGGACAGCUACGGAUCGAGCCUGGUUGCCCCGCCCCAGCCCCAGGCGCCCCCCCAGCCCGCUCUGUCCUCGUGCCGGCAUUACCUGCCGCCUCCCUAUGCUUCUUUGACGAGACCACUUCACCACCAAGCUCCGGCCUGCCCCCAUUCUCAUGGAAAUGCCCCUCCUCAGGCCCAGCCUCCACCCCAAGUGGACUAUGUGAUUCCUCACCCUGUGCACGCUUUCCACUCCCCCAUGUCUUCUCAUGCAGCGGCUCACCCGGUGGCGCCGCCACCCCCCACUCACCUGGCCAGCACGGCGGCCCCGAUCCCUCAGCACCUCCCCUCUGCGCACCAGCCCCUCGCGCACCACCUCCCGGCCGCGGCGCCUCCUGCCCAGAGACUGCACCCGCACGACGUCAUGCAGAGGCUCGAGGGCCAGAGGAGGAGGAUGAUGCAGCACCCCACGCGGGCACACGAGCGCCCCCCACCCCACCCCCACAGGAUGCACCCGAACUACGGCCAUGGGCAUCACAUUCACGUGCCUCAGACGAUGUCCUCACACCCCCGACAGGCGCCCGAGAGGUCUGCCUGGGAGCUGGGCAUCGAGACUGGAGUGACGGCCGCCACGUACACCCCGGGGGCGCUGCCCCCACACCUGGCGCAUUACCACGCACCUCGGCUCCACCACCUGCAGCUGGGAGCGCUUCCUCUGAUGGUCCCAGACAUGGCGGGCUAUCCGCACAUCCGGUACAUCUCCUCAGGCCUGGAUGGGGCGUCCUUCCGAGGGCCCUUCAGAGGCAAUUUCGAGGAACUGAUUCAUUUGGAGGAAAGAUUAGGAAAUGUCAAUCGUGGAGCAUCCCAGGGGACGAUUGAAAGAUGCACCUACCCACAUAAGUACAAAAAGGUAACAACUGAUUGGUUCUCACAGAGGAAGCUGCACUGCAAGCAAGAUGGGGAAGAAGCGACUGAGGAGGACACCGAGGAGAAGUGCACCAUUUGCUUGUCUGUUCUGGAAGAAGGCGAGGAUGUGAGGCGCCUUCCGUGUAUGCACCUUUUCCACCAAGUGUGUGUGGACCAGUGGCUGAUCACCAACAAGAAGUGCCCCAUAUGCAGAGUGGACAUUGAGGCCCAGCUGCCCAGCGAGAGUUGACACCGUGUUUCCGAACUCUUGCCCUCCCUCUCAGCCCGUUCAUCCUGGUACUGCAGUCAACCAAAGAUGGCAUGACCUACCUGCGCAGAUUUGGAAGCAUUGAACUAAGAGUGCUGGCUCUGCUAUAUGGUACAACUAAUGCUAGACCUACAGUUUAUGUAUACGGUUGAUUUUGAUGUAUUUAUGAAAGCUUUUUUUUUUUUUUUUCCUAGAUUUGACAUUUUUCCUGUAUCAUUUUACUGUAUUUUUGCAUGGUUCCUUGUAUUGCAUUUCUUUGCACAUAUUACGGGCUUGUGACCCUAAACUUGCAGGCAAGAUUAGCUGCUUUAGUAAGUAGAAUUUUGUGGUCUUUUUGUUUUUUACAUAGUACCAAGCCUUGAGAAUUACGCAUUUUUUUAUCCAUUACUAACCUUUUAAUUUAAUCAAUCAUGUACUUUAGUUUAAUGUAUAAAGAUCCUCUAGAAAAUGAUAAUAUUGUGUAAGACAUUCCUUAACUUAGGACAAAUGGCUGCUGUAUAUUUACAAUACGGAAUUCCGAGUCCGCUGCCACCCUUAGUACUGGGAGCAGAAUACAGCCCCUGUUGAGUUGGAUGCAGGUGGUACGCACAUCACCAGAGUGAUAGCAUAACUCUUCUUGGUGUACCAUUUCCUUCCAGCACAGCGCAGAUAGAGUUGGAUAUUGAUACCAUGAAUUUAGACUGCUGUUCUGAUUGUAUUUAUCUUUUUCUACAUCAUUUAGAACUUUAUUUCCCUGAUUCAGUUUUUGCUGCUGUGAAACAGCUUUGAUGAACACUAAAUAUUAAUUUCAAUUAGCUGAAUUGUACAUACUUGCAGAUUUAACAAAAUUUUAGGGAAAUUGAAAAAGACAUGUAGAAUUUUGUUUGGUCUUCUGCUAAGCACGAAUAGUGAAGAUAUCUGCUUAUAUUAAUUUUGUAAAUCCAUUCAGCCAAGAUCUAGAAUUUCAGUUGUUAGCAGGUAUCUGUGCAUUUCGUAGAGCGUCUGAAGGUCCCAGGAUUACUUUUAAGGGAUUUUUAUUAGUUUAAAGAUGAAUAAAAUCAGCUGAAUCUACAUGUCUCUUGUUUUAUUUCUCUCUAAACUUGAAAACAAUAAAUCUGCAGAUACUGUGAGGUACAAAUCAUACUGUCAACUACUGUUGCUAUGGUUAUAGACCCCACUUCAUACAUUACCAAGAGUCGAUCACUGAUUUAAAAUUUUUAAUUUCUAUAGUUAAGAUAUACUGCAUAAUAUAGAGUAUAAAGUUAAGUUAACAUACUAACAUUUCUCCUUUGGAGAAAGUUUUAAUCCACUUCAGGAUGUGUACUAUCAAGAUACUCCCAUAUCCAGGAUAGCCUAAUUGUAUUGGUUUAAAUAUGCUUCCUGUGCUCCAGAGUUCACAUGCAUCCAGUCAGUAAUGUCACUGUCUGUGUGUGGAAGACAUGUUCCCAUGGAUCAGGUGUGGAGAUGUCAAUAGCUUGCAUUAAGCCACCUGCUUUGUAAGUGGAUUGAUUAAUAAAUAACUUAUAUUUCUAUUGUC